AUGGUCGCCGAUGCUCUCAUUUACCACCCGGCAGUUUCGCACUACCUCAAAUACGUCGCCACCACCGUCGGUCGCGACAAGCUCCUCCGCACACUGCAGUACUUUGCGCGCUUCUACGCCUGGUACCUGCUCCGCACCAACCGCCCGCAGACCUCAAUCCAGCCAUGGGAGGCCAUGAAGAAGCAGUUCGGCCUCGUCCGCAAGGUGCUCCGCGCGGGCAAGAACGUCGAACACUUCAAGGCGGCCGCCGUCGCCGCCGACGCCAAGACCAUGGACCCGGUCCUACGCUAUACCACCGUGGGCAGGCAGCUGGGCUAUGCGGGUUAUCUAUCGAUGGACCUGUUGACGCUCCUGGAUGCGACGGGCAUCAAGAAGAGUCCCAACGCGAAGCGGUUCCAGCAGGAGGCGUACCGCUUCUGGGCCGUCGGCCUUGCCUGCAGCGUGCUCGGCCAGCUGUAUACGCAAUACCAGCUGCGGCAGCGCGAGGCGAGGGUUGAUCGGAAGGAGGGCGAGGGCGUGCUGGAGAGCAAGAGAAUCGCGAUAGAGCGGACGGCCAGCCGGCUUCAGCUUACUUCGGACCUCUGCGAUCUGACGGUGCCGCUCUCGGCGCUCAACUGGGUCGCCUUCGACGACGGCAUUGUCGGCCUAGCGGGCACGCUCAGCAGUUUGAUUGGCGUUUACCUGCAGUGGAAGAAGACGGCGGCGAUACAGAAAUGCUUUAUUACAAGGCCAUCGUGGACACCGGCCAAUUCAAUGAAACCAAACUACGUGGUUUAUAUGGCCUCCCCAGCGGAGUUCGAGGAUCUAGGUCUUGCGGUGCUUGGGGUGGCAGCCGAGUACCCUCCGCACUCGCUCAAGCCCAGCUCGCUCGAGGUGCUGAGCAAGCGUUUCUACCCAGACUCGCCCGCCAUGCAGAAGGUUCUCUCCAUCAACCGGUACACGGGCAUCGAUCAGCGUUCCUCCAUAGGCACACCAGACCACCCCCUCGUAAACGAUGCCAAUCCCCCUUCUAUCACCGAUCUCCACAACGCAUUCAUGGAGUACGGCGUCCCACUGGCGGUCAAUGCUGCACGGAAAGCCCUCACUGAAGCUCAUGUGGACGCGGGGCAGGUCACGCACAUGGUGUCGACCACGUGCACGAACUCGGCGAACCCAGGAUACGACCACUUCGUGGCGAAAGAGCUUGGGCUCAGCCCCAAUCUCGAGAAGGUCCUCCUCCACGGCGUGGGAUGCAGCGGUGGGCUCGCCGCCCUGCGGACAGCCGCCGAUCUGUGCCUGGGCCACACCAUGCGGCGGAAGCCGGCGCGGAUCCUGGUUGUCGCGCUCGAGAUCAGCACCACACUCGUCCGGAGCGAGCUCGAGAGCAUCAACGCCCUCCAAGAAACCCGCAUCGGGGUCGCCCUCUUCAGCGACUGCGCCGGCGCCCUCGUCUUGUCCAACAACAUCCACCCCCCUUCCCAUGACCCAGAGGUUCCGCCGCCGCCACCGCCGAUCUACACUCUGCUAGGCUGGCACCAUCACACCAUCCCCGAGACCGAGUCCGACCUGGGCUUCGACGUGGACCCGCUCGGCUGGAAAGUCGUGCUCUCCCCGCGCGUGCCCGCGUUGACCCAGUCCGUCCUCUCGUCCACAUUCACCUCCCUCAUGUCCACCGUGGGCCCGCUCUACCAGGCGCCGCCCGCCGAUUUCGACUGGGCCAUGCACCCCGGCGGCGCCACCAUCCUCUCGGGCGCCGAAAGGGUGCUGGGCAUCACGCCCGAGCACAUGCGCGCCAGCUACGACACGUACAUCAACCACGGCAACAGCAGCUCGGCCACCAUCCUGAGCGUGCUGGACCGCUUGCGCAUGAAGGACAUGGAUGCGCUGGCGCCGGGCGGCAAGGCGAAGGAGUAUGUGGUGGGGUGUGCGUUCGGGCCCGGGAUCUCGGUGGAGAUGUGCCUGCUGCGGAGAAACCUGGGCGGCGGCGGCGGGCUGAAGUCGCCGCGGCCCGGUAUGGAGACGCCGCCUGAGACGGAGAGUGAAGGGGGUGGGGCCAGCGAGGACGGCGAUGGGGAUGUGGGAAGCGAGGGUGGUGAGAUGCUGGGAUUGUCUGAGGAAGAGGCAGGCGUGGAGCAAAGGUGGCAAGAGGAUGGGGAUGAGGCACGAUCAGUAAGGGGGCGCGUGCGGGCAGACGAAGAAACAUUUAUAAGCCAGGCGUUGGAGGGCGUUGAGCUGGACUGA